CCCAGGCCCGCGAAGCCAUGGACGCCGCGACCCCAGAGCCGCCGCCCGGGCGCAGGUCAAAGUAAGGGAGACCAGUGAAUGAGCCCAGACAGUGUGUGCAGUGGAAGCUGAGUGAGUGGCCGUCGCAGGAGAAUCUGGGAGAGAAGUUAACCCUCCAGAGAAAGCUGAUGGCCUGUCUCCCCCACAGAUAGUAACAAACAAUCAUCCAGAUGGGGUGCAGGUGCUGUAAAAUGAUACACAGCUAUCUCUUCGAUCCAGUUCAAGUGCCCUCCCCUGGUUUUGUCAAUGAAGUCAACAGCUGCAAGUUGGAGGAGGACGACACUGUUAGACUAAAAGGCACCCGGAGCCAUGAGGUCGUGGUGCCCAGGAAUGCCCUGCACAACGAGGGUUUGACCAGGACAGAAAGUCGAGGCAGUACAGCAGAUCAGCCUCACCAAGGACCUCUCCCUCAGGAGGACUCAGAAAGAAAACACUCUGUGGAGAAGCAUGGUGUCACCCUCAAUGGCAUCAGCCCCUCGGCCACUCUGCAGCCUGCCAGGAGUCCCAGGCCCCACCAGGGAGAUGGUGACUCCUGGGCCAGCAGCUCCUGGGCUAACACUGUGGAUGGUGCUCACCCAGCUCAACCCUUCCUUGAAGGAGAAGCCAGCAGGAAGCAGGGCUGCAUGCUGCCCACCUUGGAAGGGACACAGAUCAUGGGGCAUGGAGACUGCAAAGCCCCUGCUGGAGCCUUGGCAGCGGCAGACCCCAUCCUGCAGAUUCCAGCCCCAGAUUACCCUCAGUUCUGGGGCCCUACAGUAGACAGUGCAGAUCCUGAAGAAAAGGAUUAUCUUUUUGAGAACCAUCCAAAUGAGGAGCCUCUGCCAGGAAUUUACCCCAGGUUGGGCCAGCAGGGUUUGAAUAUGCCCUUUUCCCUAAAACAAAGCUGGGACUCACUAAAUGAGGCUGUAACAACAGAAGUUCUGAGUGUCUACUUUAAAGAGGAGCUUCCUGCUCACCCCAUGCCUACUGUUGACUCCAGAAAUGAGCAGGACCUCCAUGCCUACAAUGGAGAUAGGGAUGGGUUCCUGAUGGAUGAAGAUGCUGAGGUGGCGGAAGCCCUCGCUGCAUUAGAAGCUGCAACCGCAGGAGAAGAUGCAGAUGAAGGAGAUUAGGAGAGGGGAUGGAUGCACACAAGUGAGUCCCUGCCACGCCCAAACAGAUGUAUUUGCAGAUACUCUGUUAGUAUGCGUGGGGCAGCCUUACCAGCUGCACCACUGUUUACAUCUGUUCUGUUCCCAUCACCAGGACAUGUGCCGUGCCGCUUGUUAAGUAUACUGAGAAUCACUCUGUGUAACUGGGCUCUCAUUCAGAAUGCUGGAAUCAAAAUAAGAGCAGGCCGUGGUACCCACAUCCACAGCAAAUGCAGAAAUUAAGCAACUUGCUUGCUGGCCCUGCAAGCUCCCCAUCACACCUGUCCAGAUGUGCAUGAGAAUGGUCAAACACCCCCCCCCACACACACACACACACCUGAUCCCAGGGGUACACACAGUCCAGGGCCAUUCUGUUUGACUGUACCUCUUUACCUUGUUUUUGAGAGCCAAAUAUUUCGCCCAACCUAGAAAGGGUAACUACCCACGUAAGUGCCUACUGUGCCCCAGAGCAUAGCUUAACUUCAGGAAUGGUCACCCAGGGAACUAUUAACUAACCACUUGUUGACUAACAGGUUAAGAUCGUGGCCUUCGGGCGGGGUGGAGCAGACGUGACCAGUGAACAAAGGGUUAGUCAUUAGCUAUGCUACAAAAACACCUGACCUUAACUUUUUUACAUUCUUACAUUUUAGUCUCCUUUCGGAUAGGGAAAGCUGGCAAAAAUAUUUCUUAAAACGUGUCAUAUUUUAGUUUCAAGUUCAUAAGUUUUGGAAACAACAAAGCCAUAUAUGGAGGGAUUGAUGUCAUUAAAUGUCGGUUCGCAUUAAAACAUAA